AUGAGCGCAAUCCUGUCGGCCGAUGACCUGAAUGAUUUCAUCUCUCCCGGUGUCGCAUGUAUCAAACCGGUGGAAACCCUUCCGGCGAAAGAGCCUUCAGCCUCAGAGAACCCCUACGAAGUAACCAAGGAAGACAAAGUCCAACCUGAAAACCUCCCACCGGCUGAAAUCUCGUUGACGGACUGUCUUGCAUGCUCGGGAUGUGUUACCUCUGCCGAGGCCGUAUUGAUUUCCAUGCAAUCGCAUGCGGAGGUUCUCAACACACUUGAUGCCUAUCCAGAAGUAUCGUUUGCCCAUCCAGAAGUCCAGGGAAGCGAGGGCCGAAUAUUUGUCGCCAGUGUCAGCCCUCAGGUACGAGCGAGUCUGGCCGCCACAUACAACAUCACCGAGCAGGAGGCAACACACAUGAUCGAUCAGUUGCUUCGCGGGCCGAAAGGGCUGAGGUCUGGUGGCAAACAUGGCAGUGGAUUCACAUGGGUUGUUGAUAGUAACACCUUGCGCGAGGCGGUUCUUGUACUCACGGCAGAUGAAGUUGGCGAGACUCUCUCGAGCGAUUUGUCAGACCCCCUUAAACCGAAAAAGCCUGUUCUGUCCUCGGCCUGUCCAGGUUGGAUCUGCUACGCCGAGAAGACACAUCCAUUCAUCCUUCCUCAUUUGUCUCGACUGAAAUCCCCGCAGGCACUAUCUGGCACCUUCUUGAAGACAGUUCUGAGCAAGGCCCUCAAUGUCCCAGCCUCACAGAUUUGGCACUUGGCCAUUAUGCCUUGUUUUGACAAAAAACUUGAAGCCAGCCGAGAAGAACUUACCGAUGCUUCGUGGUAUACUCCGGGAAGCACUACCGAAUCUCGUGCCCCUGUUCGCGACGUGGACUGUGUGAUCACUACCCGCGAACUCCUUACUCUGGCUUCUUCGCGCGGCAUUUCUCUUCCUUCCCUACCAUUGCAACCGCUACCCUCGGCCUUUUCACCACGAUUUCCAGAUGCGACCCUCGAUGCAUUCCUAUUUUCCAAACAAUCUUUGUCGAAACAAACGAUGAACACCGGCACAUCUGGGGGAUAUCUUCACCAUGUUCUUUUGACCUUCCAAGCCAAGAACCCGGGCAGCCAGAUUGUAACUCAGCGCGGACGCAAUGCCGAUGUUGUGGAGUAUAUACUCAUGUCUGCUGGUGGGGAGCCUCUGAUGAAAGCCGCUCGCUAUUAUGGCUUCCGCAAUAUUCAAAAUCUUGUCAGGAAGUUGAAGCCCGCACGCGUGUCAAGGCUUCCUGGCGCCAAAACUCCAGCAAACCGACGUUUGAUGCCUCGCAACGGGGCCUCUUCUGCAUCAGGCAGCGAUUAUGUCUAUGUAGAGGUCAUGGCGUGUCCUGGAGGCUGCACCAACGGAGGAGGGCAAAUACGGAUCGAGGAUGCUCGAGAGGUCAACUCGACUCUUCCUCAAGAGGAACCUAGCAUCUCGACAAAACCAACGCCGCAUGAGCAGCGUUCGUGGCUGGCUCGUGUGGACGAAGCAUACUAUUCGGCAGAUUCGGAUGCAGAGACAGAAACAGAGACCCAGCCACCACUUACUAUCUCGGAAAAUGAGACCCGAGUCCACGAAGCUUUGCGCUACUGGUCGAACUUGACGGAGAUUCCGCUUGCCAAACUAGCCUAUACCACCUAUCGUGAGGUGGAAAGCGACGUGGGAAAACCUCAGCCAGCGCCGAACGAUACCACGCGGGUCGUAGAAUUGGCUGGAAAGAUUGGCGGUGGCUGGUAG